CAAUUUUUGAGACGAAGACCACCCUCCUCCUCCUUCUCUUCUCUUCUCUUCUUUCUCGACACUCUCACUCCACCGCAGAUACUCUCUCUCCUCCUUCAUCUUGAUCGAGAAUCGAAGCUCAACUUUGCGUCGCCCACACGCACUUCCUUCAUCGAUUCGAACCUUCUCGAUCCAAGGGAGAUAAGCUAAUGGCGGAUGACAAAGACAAAGGCGCUGAAGGCGACAAGAACGACGCCGCUUCCGUCGCGACGCCUCCGGCGGUGCCGAAGAAGAAGCGGAGGGGAUUCUUCGCCAGAAUGUUUACCGGAAUGUUUCGGCACGGUGACGAUUUCGAGAAGCGGCUGCAGUAUCUAUCUAAGGAGGAGGUUACGGUGGUGAACAGAAUCAACCGGAGGGCUCUCAACCGGAGAAACUUCACCAGAAACGUCGUCGCCUUCUCUAUUUUCUUCGAGAUAAUUGCAAUUGGUUAUGCCAUUGCCACCACGAGAACGACCGAUUUGGAUUGGAGGACCAGGACAUUUCGAAUUUUGCCCAUGUUUCUUUUUCCUGCUUUGUCUGCCUUUACUUAUACAACAUUUAUAAACUACACAAGGAUGCGGGAUCGUAAGGAUAAUAAGACUCUGGAAAGGCUCCGGGCUGAGAAGCAAGCAAAAAUUGACGAACUUAAAGAGAAGACAAACUAUUACUCUACUCAACAGCUUAUUCAGAAAUAUGAUGCUGACCCUGCAGCCAAGGCAGCUGCUGCAACUGUCCUCGCAUCUAAGCUGGGUGCCGAUUCAGGCUUAAGAUUCCAUGUAGGAGAUGAAUCAAAAGCUAAUGCCUCAUCUGGGAGAAGCAGGGAUGUUGAACUUGCCCAUUCUGGUGAACUUCGAAAUCGGAAAACAGGCCUCACCAGAUCUACAAGUACAGGGAGUGCACAAAUGCUUUAUUCUGAGCAAGAGACUCCUCAUACUGUUGGCUCUGAGAAUCCCCAGACUGCUAAGCCUGGUCAGCUGGUAGUUGCUCAUCAGAAUCCUCAAUCAUAUGCUACACAAGAUGGAAAUUGGAUUGCUCGGCUUGCGGCAUUACUUGUGGGUGAAGAUCCCACACAAUCAUAUGCCCUCAUAUGUGGCAAUUGUCAUAUGCACAAUGGGCUUGCUAAGAAGGAGGAUUUCGCGUACAUCACUUAUUAUUGCCCACACUGUCAUGCUCUAAAUAGGCCAAAACAUUUGGAAGGGGCUGAUCCUGGUUCUAGCACUCCUAAUUCGGGACCUAUGGUAGCAGAGAACAGGAGUGAUGCAUCAAACCAGGCCAGUGUUUCUUUGAAUGACAGUAUCGUCACAGGUACUAGCCCAGUCGGAGCAGGUACCAGUCUGGCUGGAGCAGGUAACAGCCCAGUUGGAGCAGGUACUAGUCCGGUUGGAGCAGGACCUGAAAUUGAUCAAAUAGCUGAGAUGCUUGUGUCGGCUGAUACAGAUACAAUUAGUAUAGAAGAAAAACACGAGUAGUGUAAAGAUGUGCUCUUUUUGGAUUAGGCCUUCUUUCCCCUUUGCUUGUAGGUAUGGGGGCUUUGUUUUCUGCUGGAUGGAUUUAUGGGCUUACCUUAUAUGCUUGGUGUGUACAAGAAAUCGUUGAGAUCUUAGCCAAGAGACCUUUGGAGCUUUAUGAUCAUGGAUUACAUUGGUUGUAA